GCGUGCAGGAAAUGACGACAUACCCAAAAUAACACGUAAGGAUAGAUGAAUCAACCGUGAGACUAAUAGCGUCAGAUUUUCUUUUGUUUCCUCUUCUCUUUAUUCUCAUUUACUACUUCUGCAUUAUCGAAAAAACAGUCAAGAAAUACUCAAAAUGUCUGCUGAUUCUGCUGAUGGAUCAGUCACAUUUUCGCGAGAAGGAAGUGCUGCUACGGAUAGUACGACACUAGCACCAUCUUUUACCAGGAUACAAGUUCCAGGCUACUAUUUUACAGACUUCAUCAUAUUCAGUUUGUCAUAUAACGAAAAAAUUCGUGUGGUUCAUGGCUACAAGACAUCGAGCCAGAAAUCAAUUGUUGGAAAGGUUGCAAAAAGCUCGCGCUACUUGGAGCGGGAGUUUUACCUAAUGAAAAAACUUUAUCAGUUUGACGAGGGUCCUUCCUAUAUUGUGCAACCACUUGAUUGUGUCAACCUUUCCAAUGGAUCAUGUGUGGCAAUUUAUGCAGACGAGGGUCACGAGUACUCUUCAGAUGCCGCCGCAGCUGUCGGUUACAGUGGCACAAGCACGCGUUCAUCCCUCGCAAGUGCCAGCACCUACACUGUUCGUCCGUCAGCACGCGUUGCUGACUCUUCAACAAGACACAACACUGAGUAUCAUGCAUCACUCGACAACAAAAUCAAUAGCAGUGAGCGCGACAAUAGCGGCGCCAACUCAAAGAUGGCAUUGGAGAUUAUGGCCACGCGGGAUACGGCACCGACUUACGAUUUAGUCACCUUUCUGCGAUUCGCCAUUAAAGCAGCCGACUGUAUUGCAUUCAUUCACCGACAAAACUUUCACCAUGGUGGCAUUCAACUCCAAUCAUUUCAGUGGAGCGGUCAGGAUACGGACCCUGUCAAAUUGUGGAACUUCAGCAUCGAUUUCAAAUCCUUGAGCACCUACUUGACGACGGAAUGGCGCAAAAUGUCACAAGACAGGACGCUGGUACAUAUGCUCGAAAAUCUGCUUGUCUAUGUCAGUCCUGAAAAAACCGGCCGCACGGCGUAUAUUUCGGAUCAUCGCUCGGAUAUAUACUCGCUCGGUAUCGUUUUCUUUGUCUUGCUGACUACCAGAAAUCCGUUCGAUGGCGGUCCAUUGGACAUUGUCAAUGGGAUGCUGAGCCGCAAAGUUCCACUGGUUCACGAGCUGCAGCUGGAAGUGCCAAAGAUGCUAUCAUAUAUCAUCGAGAAGAUGACAAAUAAGGCACCCGAUGACCGCUAUAACAGCGCUCGUGGAGUGCAAGCCGAUUUACAAGAGUGCCUCAAGCAGAUUUUGCAAGAAGAGACUAACGUCGGGGGGGAUAUUGUUACUGAUUUCCCAUUAGCACAACACGAUGUCGCAUCUAUUUUUACUCUUCCCAAGAUCGUAUAUGGCAGAAAAUCUACCAUUACAAAAAUGAACGAUAUUAUCGAACAAUAUGCCACUCUGUACAAGGCCAGUCGAAUAUAUGCGCGACAUGGGAAACAAGCAUCAUCGUAUAACUCUAGUGCAGCUUUCACAUCACAAACCUCAAGCUCUAUGGAUACCCGUGAAAGCCUUACAGAAGAGUCUACGAGCGAAUACUCUACAGAGGAAAGCAGCAGCCAGCAUGACAACCGGUCAACAGGAGAUUCGCACGAAAGUUUUUGCAGCGGCUUUAUUGGAAGCGAAGUCUCUUCUGCGCCUAGCAGCAUGCGAGUGGGUGACCUGUGGCGUACAACAAAAAAUAUGACGGUCAUUGUGAGCUUGCGCGGACCAGCCGGCAUUGGAAAAUCGACAUUGCUGAAUGCUGUACAUGCUACUGCCAGGGAAAAGGGCUACAUGGCAAGCAUAAAGUUCGAUGCGACACAUAUGAUGCCAUACAGUGGUGUAUUUGAAGCCCUCUCUCAACUUCUGCAGCAAAUCUUGAGCGAGCCUGAGGAAUAUACGAAGCGUUUCAUUGAGCAUAUGAAAAAGUGUCUUGGCGCUCAUCUCUGCAACAUCCAUUUAUUUACUGAAUACGUCCCCGAGCUGCGCUCAUUGUUUGACACCAUUACCUUGAAAGAUAAUCAAAACAUUACCGACGGUUAUGUCAACAUGGCACAUACAGAAGCGCGCAAGAGAUUCCAGGCGCUGUUUAUUGCAAUGUUUCGCGCCUUCACGAACUGGGGAAUGGUUACUCUGUUUUUGGAUGAUCUGCAUCACUCAGAUGUCAACUCGUUGGAGCUCUUGGGGCUUCUUAUGGCCUCGAAAAUCAAAAUCUUGGCAUUCAUCUCCUAUCGUGAACAAGAAGUCAGUCCAAAGCUCGCUCAAGUGCUCUCAGAAGGUGCCUCCAAUAUCCAAUCGAUAAAAGCUGAUGCAUUCGACAUAAACUCCACCAUCGAGUUUUUAAGCGACACAUUGCACCGUCACAAAAAUGGUACGGGUCAAGAAGCGCUGAAGCCUCUUGCUGACGUACUCAUGCAGAAAACCAACGGCAUUCCCUUUUAUGUGUCGCGGUUUAUACAGACGAUGGAGCGCAAGAAAUUGAUAUUUUUCAACUGGAAUACGAGUCAAUGGGACUUUAAUUUCGAAGCUAUUCGACGCGAAGCAGAAUCAAGAUUGCAAGUCAAAGGCGACGGUAAAUUUGAUGUGUGUUUUAUGGUGGGUCGAUUGCGCGAGCUUCCGGCUAGUUGUCAAGAGCUGCUGAAAUGGGCAUCGUUUCUUGGUGAUACGUUUUCGUGGAGCACUCUCAAGAAUGUGAUGCGCAAUUAUAACGAGGACGAAACGACGAAAGUAGAGCAGAUUUCCCACAUUACAAAAGAUUGGCCGUCAACAUCCUUGCCGGAACAGCACAAACCAGAAAUACUUUCUACACCAUCGUCGAAUUCUCUACCAACAUUCUCGGAUACCAAACUGAAAUCAAGCUCCCACAGCAACAAGAAGGCAUAUCACCACACAGCAAGUGAUGGCCUGGCGAUCGCGCUGCAAGAGGAAUACUUUGUGCCACUCGGUCCAGACGAAUAUAAGUGGAGCCAUGAUCGAGUAGCACAGGCCGCAGGCGAGUUAACAAGUGCUGAGAUGCGUGGCAAAAUGCAUUUGAUUAUUGCGCGAUAUAUGAUGAAAGAUCAUUCUGCCAAUACGUUUUUAGUCGCUAGCCACUUGAUGAAAUGCAUCAAUAAUGCCAAGGCGGCGCCAGACAGAGAAGCUUUUCGAAGUGUGUUGAUUGAAGCUGCCAAUCGAAAUCAGCUGUCCGGAACACACGAUGUAGCAUUUGCAAACUACGAAGCUGCUAUAGAGCUUGCUGACCACGACAUUGAAUGGAACGACACAAACUAUACCGAGACGCUGAGCCUGUACACAAACAGCGCUGCUCUUUCUUGGAUCGUUGGCGGACAUCACGACCGUACCGAAAAGCUACUGGAGUCAAUAUUCCACAACUCACGCGACCCAAUUGACCGCCUGAAUGCGUACCGCGUGCAGUCAAAGUAUUUUUUUGGAUGUCAAAAACCUGAAGAGGGUAAACAAACGCUUCUCCACUGUCUUGAAGAGCUUGGCUUUGAGUCUACUCCAUCGACGGUUAAUGAAGACUUGCAACGCCACACGGAUCAAGAUAUACGGCAGCAGAUCAAGGGCGUAGGAAAGGAUAUCAUUCUGAACAUAAAGUUAUGCAGCGAUCCGUUGAUAAUUGGCAUUAUGACGGUCUUUGAUGAACUAUGCACAUGUGCGUUUUGGACUGGCCAAACGACCGAGAUGUACUACUACGGUAUGCAAAUUCUCAAAAUGACGUUAGAAAACGGAAUGUGUGCAGCCUCGGUUGCUGGCUUCAAUUUUGCCGCGCUUCGAUAUGCCCUCUUGUACAAGGACUAUGAGUUUGCAGAGUGCCUUGGAUCUAUUGCGCUCGCUUUGUUGGGAAAAGUGGGAAGCAAUUACAUACAAGGAAGAGCAUACUUUCAAAAUGCUAUACUGGUCCUACGUUGGAGACACCAUUAUCGAGAAGCCCUGGACUACUUUGAAACGGGAGCACGCCUUUCGUUAUCAGCAGGUGAUCGAAUCUACGCCAGUCUGCACCGUUCAUACCAUUUGCUAAUACGUCUUGGAAUGACUGAGGACAUUGCCGACAUUUUAGUCGAGGCCGAAAGCUGUUACGAAGAUGCCAACAUAUGGUCAGCUUCUGGAGAAAGCAAUAUGCUGAUAAUGUGUUUCAUCCGCCUUUGCAAGGCUCUACAAGGGCGAACAUAUACCGAUACGCCGGAAGUCUUUGAUGGUGACGACGGGUUCGAUGAUGCGCACUUUGUCAAGGCAAGCUGCCAGCAAAGCUCUAGUCCUGCUUUAGCUAUGGGCUGGUAUAGCACGUUCAAGAUGCUUGCUCAAGUACUAUAUGGACAUUGCGACGCAGCCGUAGAGACUGGAUAUAGUGUCAUAGCCGCGAUCCAUCAACACAUUUGCCAGAGAUAUUCGCGGAUUAUGAUCAUGUACUUUUCGCUCGCGCUUGUUGAAAAGGUCCGACAAAAGAGCUUGGAUUCUGAGGAACGAGCGAAGCAUAUUGCCCAGUUGCGCGAGAACCAGCAGAUCCUUAACGAGUGGGCAAGCGGCUAUGCAAGAGUCAACAAUGCAAUGUUUGGGUCAUUCAUCGCAGCAGAGAUGGCGUCUUCCGUCGAUGACCAACCUGAUAUAUUACGUGCUUGCCGUCUCUAUGAAGAAACGAUCAACCUUGCCCGGGAUGGAGAGUGGUGCUUUCAUAUGUGUAUUGCUCAGGAGUAUGCUGGUGCGUUUUAUCUACGCAACGGUAUGGGAAAUAUUGCUUGCGUAUUUUUAAAGAAGGCGAUUGAUCUCUAUACGAGACAAGGAUCGUAUGGCAUAGUUCAACAUCUUCUCGUCAAAUACGCGGAUGUUUUCAACUCUUUCAGCGAUUCAAGGGAGCAGCAUCAUAUAGGUGUACAAACCGACCUUUAUCCAUUCCUGGCCACGCAUACUUGCUGGAGCAAUCAAUCGCCGGAAGAUUUUGCUACACACGGCACGCUUGAUAGUAAUAGUGAGGAUGAAUUCUCUACCUCAGCACCGCAACCUACAAUGGAGCAAAUGCUGAGCCAGCUCGAUAUCCUUGACUUUGCAUCCAUUCUCAAAAGUUCGCAUCUUGUUUCUUCGUCAGAAACCGAGUUGCAGAACUUAUUCUCAUCAUUCUUGACGAUUAUAUUCGAGAGUGUAGGCGCUGAAUGUGGCAGCAUCAUUAUCAAGGAUGGAUCAUUUGGUAUCUGGGCAUAUGGUAGCCAGGGCGCAGAAAUCAAAAUAUUUGAUCCACCUUUGUCGCUAUCUUCUGUUGGAGAAGAUAGUAACAACGAAGAGCUAAUACCCACACGGAUCAUCCAUCACACCAUCAACAUGGAGAAACCAGUGUUUGUACGCAAUGUUGAAGAGGAUCCACGAUUUGCAACUGGCCAAUGGUUUUCUCGAAACGGCAAACGUACUGUCGUAUGCAUACCCAUCAAAACCAAAGACGCGCUUACUGGAUGUCUGAUUAUCGAAGGUGCAGUCGGGAUUUUCAACCAACGACAUGUGACGCUCUUGAGCUUGCUAUGCCAGCAACUUGGAAUUUCGAUUGCCAACGCUUUCUUGUUCAAGUCGGUUCAGCGCGUUACAAGGGCAAAUAUGAGAAUGAUUGAAAAUCAAAAGCAAGCUCUGGAAGAAGCUCGAAUCAGCAAGGAAGAGGCUGUUCGUGCAACACAACUGCGCGAAAUCUUUUUGGCAAACAUGAGCCAUGAGAUCCGUACACCUUUCUCUGGAUUUUACGGAAUGAUCACACUGCUUUCCGAAACAAGUUUGGAUAACGAGCAACAUGACCUUGUCAAAACAGCCAAGAAGUCCUGUGAAGUGCUGCUGCAAAUUAUCGAUGAUUUGUUGAACUUUUCCAAAUUACAGGCCGGCAAAGUGAAGUUGGACAUGACGCCUGUCGUGAUAGAGGAGCUCGUGGCCGAUGUGAUUGAGAUUUUAAUUUCCAUAGCGUUGAAAAAACAACUCGCCGUCAGCUAUUCGAUCGCCCGUGAUGUACCAUCUGUUGCAGUGGCGGACGCAAACCGUCUUCGACAAGUUUUGAUGAAUUUGCUAGGCAACGCCAUCAAAUUCACGCAUACGGGAACGAUUGAAUUAUUGUGCUCAGUUGAAAAACCAACAGCUGACGGCACUAGUUCCUCCGAGGACAGCGAUAGUAUCACGUUGAUGUUCCAAGUGGUCGAUACCGGUAUUGGCAUCAGUGACGAGCAACUCAAGGCUCUAUUCGUGCCGUUUUCUCAGGUGGAUGGCAGUACCACGAGGAAAUAUGGUGGUACAGGCCUUGGACUUUCUAUCUGCCAUCAACUGGUCACGCUCAUGUCAGGAAACAUUGGUGUUACAAGCAAACCCAAUGAAGGAUCCAAUUUCCAUUUUACUGUCAAGGCCAAACCAGCUAUUGAACAGUCAAAAGCACGCGAUGAACGUACCACUGCCAUGCUGAACGAGCUAAAACAGACACGUAUCUUAGUCGCAAGCAAGCAUGUAUCCACGUCACGUAUGAUCCAGCAACUACUACCUGGCAUCCAAGUCGAUAGUGCCAACACCAUCGAAGAGCUACGUAUGCACGAGUGCAACGAAUAUACGGUUGUUAUUAUCGGGGUGCUUCUGCUUAACGAUCCACGAUUUUCAGAAUGGUCCGCUCACUUGGAGAAAGCUGUGGAAAUGGCACGUACCGUAGUGGCUAUGAACUACCCAAGCACCGCAUUUAUCGCAUCUGGACCCCAACAAGAUUCAGAGGGAUCAGCCCGGUCAGUGAUCAAGAGCCCAGUUAUACCUGUGCCCAAGGACCCUCUUGGAAGACAAGCUCUCAUACGCAUCACAUAUCCUGCACGUAGCCAUAGGCUGCUACAAAUUUUGGUGGAUGCAAUCCAUGAAGAUGGGAAUGCUUCCAGUGAAAGCUCUAGCCAACAAGCAGACGCCUCAUCGUCGAAAGCAACACCACCAUCGAAACGCUGCAAAAGUAACGAGAAGAGAGAGUCGAUUACACUUGAGGAACGACUUAUGUUUGGCUCAAUGCACAUUCUUGUUGCAGAAGAUAAUCCCGUCGCGCAAAAAUUGCUCUUCAAGCAACUGACCCGACUCGGCUUCCAAGUGGAUUGCGCAGAUAACGGCUUGGACGCAGUUGCAGCAUGGACCAGUCAUCCUGUGGGCUAUUACAAGCUUUCAUUCUUUGAUUGCCACAUGCCAAAGGUUACAAAAGAAAAAUACUGCUAUCUUAUGCUUAUCAGUGGAAAUAUAGUCUCAUAUCUCUAACAAUGAUGCCCACAUAUGUAGUGUGAUGGUGUGGAAGCCACCAAACAAGUGCGUCGAAUGGAAGUGGAGAGACAAUCUCAUAUUCGACUUCCAAUUUUUGCCUUGACUGCCGAUGUGCAGGACGCCUCGCGCGAUGUUUGCUUUCACGCCGGAAUGGAUGGAUAUCUCACAAAGCCUUUGAAUCAAAAAGUACUUGUUGAAACUUUGCGUCGUCAUUGCAAACCUACCUGACCAAAGUGAAUGUUAUUCACCCGUCUCCAACCUCUGCUCUAUCCCCCCUCCACCCCUAAUUUUGCGACUUGUACAUAAGUUUGAGUGAUAAUUUAGCUUUACACGACAUAAAUAGCAUAGCCAACAAAAACAAAACGAAACUAUUAAAAACAUUUUGCUCAUAAUAAAUACUGCUUG